UUCAGUCCAUCUUCCCUAUAUUUCUUGAUAAAAUUCCAUCUCCCAAACAGUCUCUCUCUUCUUUCUCUCUCUAGAAACUCUCAUUGCUUGUUUUCAUCGACAGGAUCUAUUGAUUUCUUUAAUGGGGGGCUUCUCUUUUUAGUUUAUACAAAUAAAAUAGAAGAAAACAAAUAGUCCUUCUGCCAUACCUCAUUCAUUCCCCACUCGUGUUUAUAUCAUCACACUCCACUAUGUGAUUAAUUUGAUCCCAUUCUUAGCUCAAGAACAAAGCUGAUAAUCAGCAAACCCUUUCAUCGUUUUCAAGAAACAUUUCGUUACUAAUCCGUCGAUAAAGAUUCUUUCUUUGUGUUCUUACUGGGUUUUGUAGGAUUUCCGAUUUGGGGAUUUGGUAUAAUAUCGGUGGGAAUGUAAAUGGGUUCUCUUAGUCCGGUACUUCCUAUUAAAAGAGACUCUUUACUUAAAAUUUCACCAAAUAAUUCUUCGCAUUUGCAAAGACCCAGAUCAAGAUUUGCGAGGCUUAUUGGUUUCAAGAAGAUAGAUUACUUGCAAUGGGUUUCAGCGUUGGCUGUCUUCAUCUUCUUCAUGUUCUUGGUUCAAAUGUUCUUGCCGCUUUCCAUGGUGGAUAAAGCUGAUGGCGAUUUCCUGAAACGAGUGGCUGAUUCUGAUUUCAUCAACUUAUUGAAACAGAUUGGUGAUUUGGAUUUCGGUGAAGAUGUCAAGUUUAUGCCCACCAAGCUUAUGAUGAAAUUCCGAAGAGAAGAAAUGAACAAUGUUUCGUUUGGUGGUUCAAGAACAGCAGCCAGAUUUCCCAAUAGAAAGCCCCAACUUGCUUUGGUUUUUGCAGAUCUGUUGGUUGAUCCACAGCAGAUAUUAAUGGUCACAGUUGCAGCUGCUUUAAGGGCAAUUGGCUAUGAAAUUGAGGUUUACUCGCUUGAAAACGGACCUGUCCAUUCUAUUUGGAGAAGUAUUGGAGUUCCUGUGAAUAUUAUGGCUGCUAACAAUAAAACAGACAUUACAAUUGACUGGUUAAACUAUGAUGGUGUACUUGUGAACUCUCUUGAAGCAAAGGAUGUUGUUUCAUGCCUUUUGCAGGAACCCUUUAAAUCUGUUCCUCUUAUAUGGAGUAUCCAUGAAAAAUCUCUUGCUACUCGUGUGGCAAGUUAUGUCUCCAGUGGCAAAGUUGAAAUUAUUGAUGAUUGGAAGGCAAUUUUUAAUCGAGCUACAGUUGUUGUCUUCCCAAACUAUGCCCUACCUAUGUUUUAUGCUGCAUUUGAUGAUGGAAACUACUUUGUCAUACCUGGAUCUCCUUCCAAAGCUUGCAAAAUAGAAAAUUUAACAAUCAUUCAUGAAGAAAAUCAUCUGCGUGUAAAUAUGAAUAUUGGAGUUGAUGAUUUUGUUGUUGCUAUUGUGGGAAGCGAGUUUCUAUAUAAAGGAAUAUGGCUGGAGCAUGCUCUUGUGUUAAGAGCUUUAUUUCAACUUUUAGCUGAGUUUCAAAUUAGUGACAAUUUCAGUCCUCGUCUCAAGAUCUUAAUCUUGACUCAUGAUUUGACUGGUAAUUACAGUUCUGCCAUUGAGGAAAUUGCUUUAAACCUUAAUUACCCAAGAGGUACUGUGAGUCAUGUUGCCAUUGAUGAAGACAUGGGCGUUUUAGGAAUAACUGAUCUUGUAAUAUACGGGUCAUUCCUUGAAGAACAAUCUUUUCCUGAUAUUCUGACAAAGGCAAUGUGUCUUGAGAAACCAAUAAUUGCCCCUGACUUACCAAUAAUCAAGAAAUAUGUUAAUCACGGGGUAAAUGGGCUUCUUUUUCCAAAGGAAAACAUAAAGGAGUUAACACAAAUAACAUUACAAGUGGUUUCCAAAGGAAAACUAUCAUCUCUAGCUACCAAUAUCGCAUCAACCGGAAAAUACACUGCUAAAAACAUGAUGGCUUUGGAUUCCAUUGAAGGGUAUGCUUCAUUGAUAGAAAACAUCCUUCACCUUCCUUCGGAAGUUGCGUCUCCAAGGGCAAUAUCGGAAAUUCCUUCCGAUAUCAAAACAAAGUGGCAAUGGCAUCUUUUUGAAGCUAUUGAAGAUUGUAAAUAUGUAAAUAGAACUUUGAGGAUUCAUCAUUUGUUAGACAAAGUCGAAGGUCAAUGGAACCGUGCUCCAAGGGCAAUAUCGGAAAUUCCAACAAAUGAUUCCUUUAUAUACGAUUUAUGGGAAGAAGAAAAAAGAAACCAGAUAAUGAAAGCUAGAAGGGCAAGAGAAGACGAUGAGGUGAGAGAUAGAAGUGAGCAAUCAAGGGGGACAUGGGAGGAAGUCAACCGUUGUGCAUCUAUGAACCUUACUUUGGUAAAGGAUCUUGGUCUUUUCUCCACACUAAUUCUCUUUAUCGGGGGAUUCGACUCUCAACAAAAAAGUGGAAGACCAAGAAGAGAUGACAUUGAUGCAGCUUCACGUCUCCCUCUUCUAAACACAGCUUACUACCGUGACACAUUUGGUGAUUUUGGAGCUUUUCUUGCCAUUGCUAAUCGAAUUGACCACAUUCAUAAAAAUGCUUGGAUCGGUUUUUCUUCAUGGAGAUCUACCCCUAAAAAGGAAUCUUUAUCGAAGAAUGCCGAAAUUGCUUUACUAGAAGAUAUUGAAGCUCAAAAACAUGGUGAUGCACUUUAUUUUUGGGUUCGUAUGGAUAAAGAUCCAAGAAACCCGACCCAACAAGAUUUUUGGUCAUUUUGCGAUGCUAUAAAUGCCGGUAAUUGCAAGUUUGCGUACUCAGAAGCUUUCAAAAAAAUGUACGGGAUAAAGGGUAACUUGACUAUUUUACCCCCAAUGCCCGUAGAUGGAGACACAUGGUCUGUCAUGAAUAGUUGGGCCAUGCCAACAAAAUCUUUCCUUGAGUUUGUGAUGUUCUCAAGGAUAUUUGUAGAUGCUAUAGAUGCACAAAUGUAUGAUGAACAUCAUGGAGCUGGAGCUGGUUUGUGCUAUCUAAGUUUGAACAAGGACAAGCAUUGCUACACACGGGUACUCGAGGUUCUUGUUAACAUUUGGGCAUAUCAUAGCGCAAGAAGAAUGGUGUACAUAGAUCCCAACACCGGAAAAACACAACAACAACAUGAUUUCAAGAAACGCGUGGGAAAAAUGUGGGUGAAAUGGUUCGAUUAUAGCACCCUGAAAGCCAUGGAUGAAGAUCUGGCGGAGGAGGCCGAUUCCGACCACCCUACAAGGCGGUGGUUAUGGCCUUCCACCGGCGAGGUGUUCUGGCAAGGAGUUUAUGAGAAAGAAAGGAUGCAAUCGAGGAAAGAGAAAGAAACAAAGAAACAAAAGACGCGAGCCAAGAUUCAGAGGAUUAAGAACCGGACUCACCAGAAAGUGAUCGGAAAGUAUGUGAAGCCGCCGCCGGAAAACUCUACUGUGGCGGCGAACAAAAGGCAAGAAGAAGAACAGCCAAGGAGGCCACCGGAGCAGCCCCCUCGCUGUAACAGUCGCCCGAUAGUGAAGACGAAGAGUAAACCCACAGAGGGUUGUCGGUCUCGACGGACCCCCUUGCACCUCAUCGCGAUUUCCCAGCCUCACCGGAGCUCCCGUCGAUCUGCCUUUCAUUCGAAUCGAUGGUGGGUUUUCGUUUCAGAUCCAAACUCAAGAACGAAGAACACCCAUUGUGGAUUUAGAUUUGGGAUGUUGGAUGGUGGUGGGUUACGACAGGGGGAGGCGGAGGAGCUGCCACAGUCGACUGUGGUGGCUCUCUUUGCCGGAGAAGUGAGAAACGAGGGAGAUAGACGAGUUGGAGAUGAAAGAGAGGUCGAGGAAGGGAUUCUGACGGCAUCGGCUAUGGUGGGUGGUUGGGCUGUUGCAAAACGAGGGGAGGUAUUGCCCUUUUCCGGCGAUGGAGAAGAGGGUGGAUUAACGACGACGAUAUGCAAUGAUAGCCGAAAAUUAUGA